GUCGAAGGGUCGUCAUGGAGGCGUAUCCGACAUUGUUCAAUAGACAUAAGAAUUUCGGUGCUUUUGCUGCGACAUUGACUACCGCAAUUUUUGCUAUCUCAACGCUUACAUACCGAGCUGUUUCUUCCAACGGGCCGAAGAGCCAGAUGUUAUGGCAGGGCCAGGUCAACUCGAUGGAUGUCCCUCCCCAACCCAAGCUUGCCUAUAACGGGCCUGUGUACUCUGGCAGUGGAGCGUGGAUGUGGCACGGCAAGACCAUCAAGCCCUCGGCUCAUCCGAGGCUGCAGCAUGCAAUGAAAAGGAAGGGGGUUCGAGGACACGGUGAUGCACAACAUGCUCAUUCAGAGCACAGCCUAUCUGUGAAGGCUGCUGCUCAAACGCCGGUACAGCACAAGAAAUUGGAGAGUAGCGUGCCAACGUGGCUUGCGAAACAUGCACCAGGGUUAGCAAGGGACAUCAAGACAGCAAAGCAGCUGUAUUCCAAGGGUCAGAACUCAUUGAGCGCAAUUAGUGAGGGUUUCGGGAAGGCGUUCGACAUUCAUGACGACAUGGCACAAAUGAAGAAACCCGUCAAAGUUCUGACUCACGUUUAAUGGACAAACGACACAAGGGAAUAAGUUCUAACAGACUUCGGAGUCAUGCCACUACCCGGAUCAGUGUACCGGGUAUACUGAAUCGGACUCAUCGCGGCCUGGCCCAUCACCGUGAUCAGGAUCUAAAGGUGCUUGUGAAGGUCACAGUAACGACUCUGCGCCAAGACUUGACCUGCCACGGACCAGCCUACCAGUGAGAUUGGAUGUAGCAGUUCAACUACUACCGUACGGUCAUUCAGUAAUAAACUUUCAGCUUAG